CCUGGGCUUCAGGUUGAGCUAAUAUUUCUGCAAUCAAAAGCAAUAAACAUCCUAAAGUAAGACAGAWUUUAACAAGCUCUUCUUGCGCCAUUUUGGUUAAACUCGGAAGUGAGCGUGUAGUACUUAUAUAGCCUCGAUCUGAUAAUACAAGAGAAAGACYAAUGGGGGGAGUAGUAAAUUCUUCUCUCCCCUCCCCUGCUCAUGUUUGAUCAACUCACUAGGAAUCCUGGGUAAACACAGAAAAUCAAUAUGGCGGACACUAAGACGAAAAGUUCUGACGAACCACAGAAAAAAACACGCUUGGAUUGGCGAAAAGAGAAAGAAUUAGAGGAAGCACGAAAAGCCGGUACUGCUCCAGCUCUUCAGGAUGAAGAGGGAAAGGACAUUAAUCCGCAUAUUCCACAGUAUAUAUCAAGCGCACCAUGGUAUUAUGACACAUCAGGACCAACACUCAAACAUCAAAGACCACAACCAGAAAAACAAAAGCAAUUUGAUGGGAUCUCAUCAUGGUACAGGAGAGGAGUUUCUUCAGAUAAAGUGUCAUUAAAAUUUAGAAAAGGUGCUUGUGARAACUGUGGAGCUAUGACACACAAAAAGAAGGACUGUGUGGAACGGCCAAGAAGAGUUGGUGCAAGGUUUACUGGAGAAGACAUAAAGCCAGAUGAAUAUCACCAGAAAUUAUUAAAGUUGGAUUAUGAUGGCAAACGUGAUAGAUGGAAUGGUUAUGAUGUCAAUGAGCACAAGAAAAUUGCAAAAGAAUUUGACAAAAUUGAGCUGGCAAAGCAACAUCUGAAAGGAGAAAAACUGGAAGAAGAAUUAGCAACAGGUUUACCAGCUGAAAAGGAAUAUGAUAGUGAUGAUGAUAAGUAUGCUGAUCAUGCUGACAUGCCUGGACAGAAGUUUGAUACAAAAAGGCGGACAACCGUGAGAAAUCUAAGAAUUCGUGAAGACACAGCAAAGUAUCUAUACAAUCUUGAUCUGAACUCAGCCUAUUAUGACCCGAAAACACGAUCCAUGAGACAAAACCCUUUCCAGGACAAUGAUCAAUCAAAACAGGUCACAUAUGCAGGUGAUAACUUUGUCAGAUACAGUGGUGACACGUCAAAGAUGGCACAAACACAAUUAUUUGCAUGGGAGGCUUAUGAAAAAGGAGCUGAUGUUCACUUGCAAGUUGACCCAACAAAACUCGAACUACUUCACAAAGAAUACAAAGUAAAGAAAGGAGAUUUUGAAGAAGAAAAGAAACAGACAGUUCUUGAAAAGUAUGGUGGAGAAGAGCACCUGGAAGCACCACCAAAGGAACUGCUCCUUGCACAAACAGAAAACUAUGUGGAAUAUUCAAGAACUGGUAGAAUUGUGAAAGGUCAAGAAAAGGCAGUAAUGAAAUCGAAGUAUGAAGAAGAUGUAUACCCUAGCAACCACACAAGCGUCUGGGGGUCGUAUUGGCACGAAGGUAACUGGGGGUACGCUUGCUGUCACUCGCAWGUYAAGAAUUCGUACUGCACAGGAGAAGCAGGAAAAGCGGCGAUGAUAUGAGUUUGUAGUGCUGUAAAUGACUAGAAAAAUAAUAAUAAUCUUUGUUUAAUUGCA